UCCCUUAGGAAAUAUGUCAACAACUUCAUACUUCUUGACAAUUUUGUCUUGUGUCGCCUUUAUCUCCAACUUAGCACACAGCUCAGAUGAAAGAGCUAAGAACGUAAUAAUCUUUAUAGCAGAUGAUCUUGGAUACUCAGAUUUGAGUUGCUUUGGAAAUGAACUAAUACAAACCCCAAAUAUUGAUAAACUUGCCAAGAAUGGUCUGAAAUUGACCAGAAUGUAUUCGAUGCCUUCAGAGGCUGGAAGCCUAGCAGCUAUAUAUACAGGACGGCAGCCAAUGAGAAUGGGACUAGUGAAAGGAAAUUUAGGCUGGCCAAGUUUUUGGAGUGUUGCACAGUCUGGUGGUAUUCCACUCAAUGAAAUGAAUAUGGCCAAAUAUUAUGAUAUGAAAGGACAAGUACCUUUCUUAUUUGGACGUUGGGGUCUUGGUUCAUGGUCCUGGUCACUGCCUACUAAUCAAGGAUUCGGGGGAUUUUAUGGCACUGUUAUGGGACAUAGUCCUGCAUGUAGCAGUGAUGUUGAGGACUUUCUUGCAGACUCUGACUAUUUCUGGCUAGUGUUAGCAGAACUAGGACCCCUUAUCAUAACAUUUCUGAUUUUAAUAAUCUCAUCAAAGAUGCUUUCUUUCAUAAGUAUGAAAUUACUCAUACUUCUGAUAUCUGUGGUGUGUAUAAGUAUUGGUAUUUUUAGAAUAUAUUGCUGGAUGCUCCCAUUAAACAGUAUUACAUGCAAGAUAUUUGACAACCAGAUGGUGAAAGAAGAUUUUUAUAUUGAUACUACACUGACUCGCCAGAUAACGGAGAAAGCACAACAUUACAUAAAAUUUAGGAAAAGACCUCCGUUUUUGUUAAUCAUAUCAUAUCAUCAGCCAGGACAUCCUGCAUUUGCUUCCAAAAAUUUCCUGCGCAAGUCUGGGAUUAAUAAAUACUAUGAUUCUAUUUUGGAACUAGAUUGGAGUGUUGGUGAGGUAAUGAAUACUCUUCAGGAUCAAGGAAUGGAAAACAAUACGGUUAUAUUCUUCCUCUCGGACAGUGGUCCUGUUUUAACACACCCAUAUACAAAUUCUCAUGUGAAACAUUCAAGUAAGGACAUGAAACUACAGGGUGAAAAAGGUUCUCUUAGAGAAGGAGGUAUAAGAGUACCAGCUAUUGUUAAUUGGCCGAAUUACAUUGAACCUAACCAAGAAACUACUGUGGUCACAUCUGUGAUGGAUAUUUUCCCCACAAUUCAGCACCUGAUUGGACAACAAAAUAAAGUUCAAAGAACGCAUAUGAGACAUUUUGAUGGCAAAGAUUUAAAACCUUUAUUUAAAAAUCCAAAUAAAAAGUCUGAUGAAAUCCAUAAAGUAUUACUCCAUUACUGUGAUACUGGAGAUCUCUCAGCAGCUACUGUGGGAGAUUACAAAAUAUACUUUGUUUCUCAAAAUAUAUCAAAUGAUUGCAGUGGUUAUAUACUUGAAGAGCCUUUAGUUUAUAACAUCAAAGAUGAUCCAGGGGAGACAACCUCCUUACCUCCAAGUCAACACCAAGAUGUUAUAUCUCGGGCUAGAUCAAAUUCAUUAAGAUUUGAAAUGUCUUUAGAUAUUAAGAAAAGAAAUAUAAAAUCUCAAUUUGAUCAAAUACCUUUUCCAUGGGACAUGUGGGUCAGUGUAUGAUCAUGAAUACAUCUAGGUGCACAUAAAACUGAUUUAUCGUUUUUUGGAUACACAAUGCACCUAUUUUUAGUAUUCUAAGACAAAGUUUUUAAGAAACACGUAACUUCAUUUCAUUCUGAAUACAAAAGCAAUAAUUUUGCAUGUCUUUUUUUUACAUGGCAAAUAGAACAAUAAUCAGCUCAAUAUUAUUUGUGAAAUGGGAUUAUUUUACUGUCUAAUAUUAGGAUUUAUUUUAAAAAUAUAAUUCCAGCAUAAAAUUUUUAUUCAAUCUGUGAAACACCAGUUUACUUUAUAUGACGGAUUUUCCUUUAUCUGUUUCAGGAUGUAAAAAGUAGUUAUCUUUCAAAGAUUUUGCCUUUGAAAAUGAAGGUUCUGUAGUUCAAAAAGUUGAAAGACUAAUAUUUGAAAACAAAAUUAUUUAUAAAUACUUACCAACAUCCUAUUAUUGAACAUUAUUUAUAUAUACUUACCAACAUGCUAUUAUUGAACAUUAUUUAUAUAUACUUACCAACAUCCUAUUAUUGAACAUUAUUUAUAUUUACUUACCAACAUCCUAUUAUUGAACAUUACACAUGUCAAAAAAUAUGUGUGUGUUUACUUAAAAGAUGCAGAAUAUACAUCAGUGAGACAGCAACCAACCUACACAAAAAAUCAUAACACAUCCAGAGGUAAACAUAUGUACUUUCAAAUUCCAUACUACUGGAUUCUUUCCAACUGUAAAUCAUAGUAAGUUUUUGUAAGCUAGAUCUCAUUAUUUUUACUCAAUCUAAGUGUUUACAUAUUGUUUGUUUUUCCUUUUGGAAAUUAAGUGUGAGAAAUGCAAUACUUAUAUGUGUUCCUUAAUGUUCAUGUAAUGUCUCUUAAUCUGUUGUUUUAAAUGUAAGAUUGUGUUCAAUUUACUGUGUAUUUAUAUAAAUGUAUGUUUGUUUUGUCUUGCAUAAUAGUUUGAUUUUUUGUUAUUUCAUAUAAAUAUUUGAUAAGCAUAAUAUAUGUAUGCCAUAUGGAAUUUUAUGACAUUACAUUCUUUUGAAAUAAAAACUAAAAAUAAA